GUUGCGCUCCCAACAAACCAGCACCCAUGGCGUCCUUGGUCGCUCGCGCCGCCUCCCUUCCGUCCGGCCGCGCUGGCCUCCUCGGCUCCGGGAGGCUGUCCCUCCCCGGCCACGGCGCGCUCGUUCUCGCCGGGCGGAGGGUCGGGGUAGGCCACGGCGGGGUUCUCGCGUUGCAGUUCAUGGCCCCGGCCCCGGCCAGAGAUGUCAAGGUUGCGUGCCAUCCGGCGCCCAAGACUGUGAUCAAUGACGACGAGGACGAUGAGUUCGAGAGGAUCUACAUCGGGUUCAUUCACAAGGUUGAGAGGCUGCAUGCCAGUGGCGAGCUACUGAUCGGUCUGCCUCUUCCUCCGGCUGCCGUUUCCGACGAGGAGAAGGCGGUGCAGGAGAAGCUCAAGGAGAUCGCCGAGGGAUGCAUCGGCCUCCACGCUGAUGCGAUGCGCCGCCUCGUCCUCAAGCAAAGGCUCCGGAUGUACCCGAUCUUUUGGGCCGUGCUCUUGUCAUUCGCGACAGUAGCAGCGGCCGCGAAGGAGGGGCGUUGCAGCUGGGGGCUGGCGUGGGCGAUCGCCGACAACCUGGAUGCCCUUCGCCGGAUGGUGUCCCGCGGCUGCGACGCCCCCCUCCGUCUCCCCUGGGUGAUGCGCGUCCCCGUCGCCGACGCGGAGCGGCACCUCCCACCAGCUCACUUCUGGGGGGCGCUGAUCAAGGUCGCCGAUGCCACCGACCCCGACUGCAAGUUCACCGCCAUCGACAGCUGCGAGGAGGUGAUGCUGACGCUGCUCGGGCGCCUCUACACCGCCACCAAGUACGACGUCGACGCCAUGAUCUCCGUUGCUCCUCCUGCUUAG